AUGCCAGAGGCCGAGGGGCUGUUUAAGGCUGAAACUUGUCAGGAAAUGGGAGGAUGUAGAGGCUUAAACGUAUCGGAGGCUGAGAAGUCACAAAAUCACGGACCUGACAAAGGCCAGAAGCUCUCAGAAGACGGGAGGCUAAUGUGUCGGCGGCCAUGCGCAGGCCGCCACCCCCUACACCCUCAGUCGCCUCUCGAUCUGGUCCAGGAGCAGAUCUCAGCUUCCGCGGCGCGCGUGACCCAUCGGGCUUAUCUUCACCUUGGAUUUACUGUUGCAGAUAAUGAAGGAAACUCUCUAGAAGCCAUGUGGUGCUGGAGACCACUGCUACCAGUGUUACUUCAAUGUGUUGUCACGCUGGCCCCAGUUCGACCUAUGACUAGCUACACCCAAGUGAACCACGACGAGCCAACAAACGCCGUCAAGGAGACGACAGUAACGAGCGACCAGGAGGAGUUUAGAGCCCCAGGAGUAGGGGAGAAGGACCUGCUCUGGGAUCACGUGGGAGAUCUCACCCAACACUUCGUCCUAGGGGUGGAGCCCGAGAGAGGAUCCACUACUAAGGACUUCGAGGAGACAAACACGACAGUCAAUUUUGUGAACCAAAUAGAAAAUAGUAUUGGAAGCACCAAUCUAUCUCACCCGGAAUACGGUACAAAAUCACCUCAAACCGAAGUCUUGAAAGGAAAUAUAAGUGCGACAGAAGAUGAAUUACCUCAAUCGAUGGUGACACUCCACUUGUUGCCGACGACAGUGGGUGGAGUGCGGGAAACGGAAGCGGGCGACAGAUUCAAUCGUUCAGACGUGCAAGGAAAGCUGAUAUUGUAUCCAACGGAUCGAAAAGUUGAAGGCCACGUUUCCGGCUCUGCAAUGGGAAACCUAACAAAAAACUUGAGGAAGAGUUUGAAAUUAAACAAAACUACCAAGGUACACCAUCGACCACAACAAAUUAUUUACGACACAUCGGAUCCCUUUUCAGUCAUUUUUGGUGAAGUCAAAACGGAAUUUAGAACGGAUAACUCAAUCAAUAUUAGCAGAGAAAACAGAGAAAAUAUAAUAGGAGGACUAGGAGUAAGGAGGGUAAAGGAAUUGCUUAAAAAGGAAGAUAAUGAAAAAUCCAUUUUCAAUGGAAAAGAAGUGACCACAACAUUUAAAAACUUCGCCGUGCAUAAUUUCGAGGAGGAACGCGAUCAGUAUGGCAGUGAACAAGAAGAACAAGAACUACGACAGAAUAAUGAAAUGUUCGAGUUUGGAAAAGUUAAAUCUAGUCCUCAUGACGAGGUUUUAUUCUCUAAAUACGACGUCGACUCCAAUAUGUCUAGUGAAAAUAAUGAGUUGGAACGCUUUGACAAUACUCAGAGUGACAAUUUGUUUAAAGAAUGGGACACGGUUAGUGAAGAGCAGGAGAAAAUGUUGGAGGACAUGGUACUUCAAGGUAAUAAUCAUUUAGAUUCAUCUACAAGGGAUGCAAUACCUCCACCCGGAAGAUGGUUUAUACUUUUAUUGGCAGGAAACUCAACAAUUGUGAAACUGCGCCAAAAAGACUUUGCUAAAUACCUUAAAUUAAAUUUAGCAGCAAGAUUAAGUUUGGAAUACGACGAGGUCAGAGUCAACCGUGUCGUUUUGGCACCUCCUAGACUGAUGGUGAAUGUCAGUGUAGUUCCAGCCAACGAAGGAAACAACCAAGAUCUCGAUGAAGAAAUUGAUUUAGAAGAUAAAAUAUUUGGUGAGGAAGAAGCUCCUUUGCACAAACUGGCUGAAACAAACGCUACUCUUUUAGAACUAUCAGGUGAGGAGUAUCAUGUUGUUCGAUUUUUGUCACUACGUUCUCAGCAGCCUAUUCAAAUGGAAGAUACUCCUUCCGCUACUUCUAUGAUAGUGAACGAUCGUCAUAUGGAUAUAGAAAUGGUGAUUUACAUCGUUGUAGGGGGAACUUGUGCAAUGGCUAUUCUCGUGACAUUUUUCUUUGCAUUAUAUCGUUAUUUAAGAACAGCGCCGAUAAACUGGCCUUGGAAAGGUGCUAAGCCCCUUUUUACGGCACCUUGGAGUCUACCUCGUCACCAAAGGAUGGGAGAAGAACCUGCUCCUUCAAUCGGAGGCCCCCUCACCGUCAUCUAUUCUGGAAAUUUUGUCGACAGGACAGCCCCAAGUUCUGGUUCAUGGAUCGAUGACUACCAACCCUCCUCUAUCCCAGAACCGUUAGAGGUGACCAGGCAGCAACCUGUGUAUGGUUUUGGAGCUUUGAGCAACAGCGCUUUACCUGAGAUUUGCGACUCUUUCUCAAACAUAGGCCAAGAGAGCCCCAGGUUUAAUCUGGACAGUAAGCUGCAUAUCCUAGGCUGUCGGCCUAACCACUUCCUACUUCCGCACCAGCCGGCCAGAACUAGUAAUGACCACAAAACCACUUUAGAUGUCAGGAUACAGGGGGUGGGGGUCGAUAACCCCAACUACCAAUCGUAGUUUCAGCGGACAACAGAUGUAUAGGUUUUGUAUGCGAGAAUGUAAUAUAGAUUCAAUACAAGACAAAUCAGACUGUUUUAGGGUAAUUUGUUGUAAAAUAAUUAAGGAGUUGUAUGUCACUUGAGAUCUUCCAACCAAAGCAUCGUUACCACUGAACAAUAAUUAAUUAUUAGAAGAUUGUUUAAAACAUUAUUUUUAAAGCAUUGAAUGUAAAAUAUUUAAAGUACAUGGUACAAAAUUACAUUGGUAUUAAUUAAGGUACGUAGAAAUAUAUAGAAAUAUGAUAUAUGACGUAAUAGAAUAUUAUUUUGGGCUAUUUAAAAUAAUAAAGGGUUGAGCUUUAGAUUGAGAGAUAGAUUGUAGUACAGGGCAAUUGAUGCAAGUAUAAAUUAAAAUAUGCACGUAGAAUAAUAAAUUAAAGAAGCCAGUACAUCUCUUCACAAGGUACACUGGAACUUCUAAUGAAAAAACACUAUCUUAAAUCAAAACUGUUUUAAUGUUUACUCAAUUAACUUACCAAUGUCAUUUCAAAAUCUGUACCCAUAAAACCCAUGCAAUUGAGAAUUGUAGGAUGAGUUUUCUCUAAGUGCUCGUAGUCUCGAUUUUGGCAGUUUUUUUCUUUCAAAAUAGAUGUUUUCCACUUGUUUUGCCCAGAUGUUUGAUGUUAUCCACUAUUGUAGUUGGUUUCAUUUGCAGUUCUGUUGAUCCAAGUCUAAUGAAUGAAUUGUAAUUGAAGUGUAAAUAAUUGAACAAAUGUUGUCAAGUGUAUUUUAGCUUAAGUUUGCUAAGAAAUAAAUAGUAAACUCCUCAUUUU